UGGUAUAUAACGUGCUUAUGGUUAUUACGUACAACUUAUUCCAUUGGACCCGCCCAAAUAGUCUUGUCAUUUUACUGGAUAUAAUAGCGUACUGAUUAAAAUUUUAACUCCUGCUAUAACCUUCAAUAUUUUUACCCACUUAGUAGUCAUAUUCUGAUUAUAACGUACAAACCUCCGUUAUAAACAGAGUAAUACUCCGCCUCUGUCGGGGAUUCCCAUUAAUCGAUACUGGGAAGUUUCACCGCUGUCGCGCGUUCGCAGGAAUGCCUCCGGUGCGGCACCGGGGAUUUCCAGUAAUCGACUCUGGGAACUUUUACAGCGCGGAAUGAGAUAUCAGGUAGUUUUAGAUUGGACGUUGCAUUCAACUGUGCGAAUUUUUAGUAUUCAUUGUUUUGUUAAAAUGACAGAUACGUGGAAAGCUGUCGGUUUGAAAGAAAAGAUAGACAUCAUUAAAAGUAUCGAGAUUGCCAUCGGCAAAUCGGAAACUGCUAGAAGGAAUAAGAUGUCAAAAACAAUUUGGUGCAGUCGUGAAAAAAUCAAGCAGGCAAGUGAAUAUAAAUCGCAGAGAAUUAAGAAAAUUAGAAAUCCCGUACGUCGAGAUGUGAAUCAAGCUCUUAUACGAUGGUUUGAGCUGCGAAGAACCGAAAAUAUUCCUAUAAGUUGUCCAAUUUUACAAGCAAAAGCGGAAGAUUUAUCCAAGAGAUUACACGGUGAGGAUUUUAGGUGCACUACGGGUUGGUGCGAGCGUUUCAAAGUUUGUCACAACAUAAAUGUCGGCGAAGUGUCUGGUGAAGCAGGAGAUGUUAACAAGGAAGCUGUGGUGAACUGGUUAACGGAUAAAUGGCCAGGCAUUGCACAAAAUAACAGCUGUGAGGAUAUUUUUAAUGAGGACGAAACCGGACUAUUUUACAAGAUGACUGCAGACCGUAUACUGAAAUUUAGAGGAGAAAAAAAGACAGAAGAUUAGACUUUACAUAUAAACAUUAAAAAAUAUUUUGUAAUAAAUAGAAGUGUGAAGUGUGACAGUUGAAACAAAAUGUUUGCUCUAGCUGUAGGU